AUGUCAGUUUUAGGACGAUUACCAAAUGAUGAGUACCUGGAAAAGCUGGCCAAAACAUUAAAGGCUGCGGAAACAAAGGGAAGCGUGUUUCUCACUCAAAAGAGAUACUCUCCUAAGGACGGAGUAACAAAUGAAGUUCCAGACACAAAUGCGCUGCUAUUUCGGGCAACGGAUGGCAACAGCGACAAGAAGAAGAAGGUCAAAUUCUCGACAGUUGUUAAGGCAGAGGACCUGGAGGCAUUCUGGGUCAAGUACACCGAAGUGAUCAAGGCCGGAAUGGUUGGAUUAAGGAAAAAGGAUAAGAAGAAGAAGGCUAAGAGCAAGGCAAAAGCUGCGGCGGCGGCAGCAGCAGCAUCAUCGACAAAAUAA